AUGACCUGCUGGCUGUGGGUGCUAAGCCUGCAGCUCCUGCUCCUGCCCGCGGCCCUGCCCCCCGCAGGGGGCUGCCCGGCCCGCUGCGAGUGUACGGCGCAGACGCGCGCGGUAGCCUGUCCCCGGCGCCGGUUGACCGCGGUGCCCGACGGCAUCCCGGCCGAGACGCGCUUGCUGGAGCUCAGCCGCAACCGCAUCCGCUGCCUGAACCCGGGCGACCUGGCCGCCCUGCCGCUGCUGGAGGAGCUGGACCUGAGCGAGAACGUGAUCGCGCACGUGGAGCCGGGUGCCUUCGCCAACCUGCCGCGCCUGCGAGUGCUGCGCCUCCGCGGUAACCUGCUCAAGCUCAUCCCGCCCGGCGUCUUCACACGCCUGGACAACCUCACGCUGCUGGACCUGAGCGAGAACAAGCUGGUCAUCCUCCUGGACUACACCUUCCAGGAUCUGCGCAGCCUCCGCCGGCUGGAGGUGGGCGACAACGACCUGGUAUUCAUCUCGCGCCGAGCCUUUGCCGGGCUGCUGGCUCUGGAGGAGCUCACCCUGGAGCGCUGCAACCUGACAGCGCUGUCGGGGGAGUCGCUGGGCCACCUGCGGGGCUUGGGCGCCCUGCGGCUGCGCCACCUGGCCAUCGCCGCCCUAGAGGACCAGAACUUCCAGCGGCUCCCGGGCCUGCUGCACUUGGAGAUCGAUAACUGGCCGCUGCUGGAGGAGGUGGCCGCCGGCAGCCUGCGGGGGCUCAACUUGACCUCGCUGUCCGUCACACACACCAACAUCACCGCCGUGCCCGCCGCCGCCCUGCGCCACCAGGCUCACCUCACCUGCCUCAACCUGUCGCACAACCCCAUCAGCACGGUGCCACGCGGGUCCUUCCGCGACCUGGUGCGCCUGCGAGAGCUGCACCUGGCUGGGGCCCUAUUGGCCGUGGUGGAGCCGCAGGCCUUCCUGGGGCUGCGGCAGAUUCGCCUGCUCAACCUCUCCAACAACCUGCUGUCCACGCUGGAGGAGAGCACCUUCCACUCAAUCAACACGCUGGAGACGCUGCGUGUGGACGGGAACCCGCUGGCCUGCGACUGCCGCCUGCUGUGGGUCGUGCAACGCCGCAAGACCCUCAACUUCGACGGCCGCCCGCCGGCCUGUGCCACCCCGGCCGAGGUCCGCGGCGACGCGCUGCGCAACCUGCCAGACUCGGCGCUCUUCGAGUACUUCGUGUGCCGCAAGCCCAAGAUCCGCGAGCGGCGGCUGCAGCGCAUCACAGCGGCCGCGGGCGCCGACGUGCGCUUCCAGUGCCGCGCCGAGGGCGAGCCGGCGCCCACCGUAGCCUGGGUGACCCCGCGCCACCGCACGGUGACCGCCGCCAGCGCCGGCCGGGCGCGCGUGCUGCCGGGCGGCACGCUGCACAUCCGGGACGCACGGCCGGGGGACAGCGGCACCUACACGUGCGUGGCCAGCAACGCGGGCGGCAACGACACCUACUUCGCCACCCUGAGCGUGCAGCCCGAGCCGGCCGUCAACCGGACCCCGGGCGAGGGCCGCAACGACACGCAGGUGGCCGCGCGCUUCCCGCUCGACCUCACCACUAUCCUGGUGUCCACCGCCAUGGGCUGCAUCACCUUCCUGGGUGUCGUCCUCUUCUGCUUCCUGCUGCUCUUUGUGUGGAGCCGCGGCCGCGGGCAGCACAAGAACAACUUCUCGGUGGAGUACUCCUUCCGCAAGGUGGACGGGCCCGCCGCCGCGGCGGGCCAGGGGGGCGCCCGCAAGUUCAACAUGAAGAUGAUAUGA